AGCCUCAGUACAGCGGAGGAGGAAGAAAACCCCCAGUGAGGCAGCCGCUCUGACGGCUGUUACCAGAAGCAGCCUGUGACGGCGACCAGCGGAAACCUCGCAGCUUCAUGCGGGAGCAGCGGCGUGUUUAACGGAGACAUUCCCGCGUCUGUUUCUUCGAGUUUCAGUCCGCAGAAGAUGACUUUUAGCGCCGUGUUGAUGCUGCUGCUCACCGCCUUGCGCUGCCAGCAGGUGGGCUCCGUCAAAUGCCGGAAGGUUCAUCAAACCGCUGUCUCAGAUGUUGUUCGGGGACAUUGUCCCAUAAACUUGACCUCUCACCCGCCGACAGCAAUAGAGACAAGCAGUGGAUAUUAUGAAAUGAUAAGAGUCCACGUUUGGAUUAAUUCUACUGACUUUCAUCAGAUUGAAAUGGAAGGACACUAUAAAGAUGUUUUCAGGCCGUACAAUAACUGCAAAAUAGAGAGUCAUAGUAGACCCAUCAGGUGUUGCAAGAAUUCGACGAACUCUCACCUGUGGAAGCUGGAGCUUAACUUCAAAGCUUACUCUAGAAAGAGCGUUUCUGUGUCGUACAGCUCAAAAUCGAUAAACUGCAGUGUUCGUUACGUUGUUCCAGGUCCUCAGCCAAACUUCAGGCUGUCUGUGAAUAAGUCAUCCAAAACUAUUUCAGUCCAUGUGGAUUCUGGAGACCCGGUGAAUAUCAGAUGGUGUUAUGAAGAUAGUUAUGGCGACUGCAGUAACGGGCAUUCACUAACUAAAAACCGCUCAGCUGUUAUCACCAUCCCCUAUCUGCUGCCCUGUGUGUGUGUAGAGGUGUACUACACCUACAGAGAUGCCUCAAGACGUAGAAAGUGCCCAUUUCGAAAUGAAAGCCUUAUUGACAACAGAGAAAUCCUGCAGACCUCUGAGGUGACUGUGUUUGAGUCCUACUUGUUGUGGACCCCACAGUGUCCUGAAUGCAGAAAGCAAGUCUCUGCUGCCCUCUGCUGGAAGAUGCAUAACAACGUCUGCAUACCUAUUCCCAACUCCACUCUGGAGAAGAACAAUGAACCUGCCCUGCAAAUCAAAACAUCCACAGUGGAUAAACACCCCCAGAUAUGUGUGCAGUUUUUCAUCCAAGAUAGCCACUCCAUCUAUUGUCUCUUCGAUAAACCUUCUUGGGAAACACAUAUCACGCCAGCCAGACAAAGCGUGUUGGUGCAUAUUACCUCCACUGUGUCUGCAACGUUUUCAGCUCAACUCUGUCUUCUUACUGAGGCAGGAUGUGUGCCUAGGGGACAAAUCCACUCAGAAACAAUGGCCACCAAUCACCAAUCAGUCAGAAUAAAUGUACCCAUUCAGGACAUUACUGAGAGGUCAUGUGUGCAGGUGUGGCAAUCAGAUCCGGCUCUUAGUGGGAGAAGAAUCCUGUGCCCGGACUACACACACAACAGGUGGGGUGUUUAUGCAAUUGGAGUUUUGCUACUUGUUCUCAUCUGCAUGUUACUUGGAUCUUUCAUUCACCGUGCCACCAAAAGUGGAAAGGCAGGAUGGCUGACCAUUCAGAGGCCGGUGCUGCUGGUGUGUUCGUCGGAUCAGUCGGCCCACGUCUCUGCUGUGUGCGCCUUGGCCUCCAUACUGCAUGAGGAACUGGAUGCACCAGUGCACACUGCUCUUUGGUCCCAAAGCUCUCAAACGCAGGCUCAGAAUGGGGCUAGUGUGGCGGAUCUGGGUCCACUUCCUUGGCUGUACGGGCAGUGGGAAGCUGUCCGCGAGGCGCAGGGAAAAAUUCUGAUCAUGUGGAGUCCUGAAGCUAAAAGAACUUAUCAGAGAUGGAGAGGUAGUAGGGUGGAUAUGGAUAAUAGUUGGAGAACUGACAAAAUCAGGGCACCAGUGCAUGAUUAUUUAAAGGUGACUGGGUCUAGGGUGGAAAAAAACAACAAUGAGAAAUGUAUAGAAAGCAGAAGAGUUAAUUGUUUUGAGGAUGAAGAUUCACAAAAGGAGCCAUCCACUGUUAUAAAGCCCAUGUUUGUGGCUGCUCUGGCUUCUCUAGAAGCAGCUCUGCUGCAGGGCAAAGGCAAAGAUGUUGCUAUUGUUUACUUCCAGGGCCUCUGCCACAGCCGGGACAUCCCGCAUGCCUUCAAAGGGGUCCCUCGCUUCUGUUUACCUCAAGAAUUUAGCGGACUCAUACAGGAGCUGGCAGAAGGGAGAGAAGGGACAAAAAGCGGCAAGUUCAGAUGGCACUGCUGGCCCAGACUCCUGUCUAAAGUUCUGUCUGCGUGCCUGGCUCGCCAGCUGACCCAGAGGCUACAAACAGUUCUGCCUCAGACACGAGCGCAGCGUGUCUCAUCAGCAAUAAAAACGUCAUCGGAUCAGACAAAGAGCAGGUGGAAGCCGCCUCUCGUUGGCUCUCCCAACAGCAAACAGGAGCAGGAGCCUGUGCACAGGUAGCUAUGGGGAACUGGGAAGCUUUGAUCUCCGGUUUCACACACCAGAAAUGUGCCCUGCGGGAAACAUCCAUCCAUCCAUCCAUUUUCUAACACCCUUGUCCCUAGUGGGGUCGGGAGGGCUGCUGGUGCCUAUCUCC